AUGUCUCACAGUAUUCCUUUUGAAGCACAACUUAAGGAUUUUGAUCAAAUUUUUUCUCUCAGUGGAAAGGUAGCUGUGGUCACCGGCAGCUCACGUGGCCUGGGAUUGUCCGCUGCAAGUGGAUUACUUCAGGCAGGUUGUGCCAAGGUCUAUAUUACGGCUAGGAAUGUCCAGGCCUGUGAAGAUGCCGCGGAAGCUCUAAAUACGCUUCCUCAAAGGUAUAUGGGUGCAGAAGCCAUUGCGGUUCCUGCAGACCUUAGUUCUACGACUGGGCUCAAUCAUCUGGUGACGCAGGUGUCCCAGACAACGGAUCACAUCGACAUCAUUGUCUCCAAUGCAGGCACUGCCCAUGUCGCCCCCUUUGCCACCCAUUUGGAGUCGGGCUUCUCGAACGUGCUGGAUCUCAACCUGAAGAGUGUCUUCUACCUGAUUCAAAAGUUUACCCCAAUGCUACAAAAGAAUGCAACCCAAGGGGACCCUUCUCGAAUAAUUAUUAAUGCCUCUAUUUGGGGCCUCUCAGUCCAUAAUGUGGCUGAGAUGGGAGCAUAUUCCUAUGCGGCGUCCAAGGCUGCUGUAAUUCAUCUAUCUGAGGCACUGGCAGUGGAGCUUGGACCUCGGUGUAUCCUUUGCAAUACCAUUGCUCCUGGCUGGUUUCCCUCAGACAUGGCAAGCCCAGUUCUGGAGGCGCGAGGUGGAAAAGAUCAAUUCGCAAGGGCAACCCCUAAUCGACGUCUGGGUCAGCCAGAGGAUAUUGCAGGUAUUGUCGUGUUCCUGGCCAGUCGUGCUGCUUCUCAUCUGAAUGGCGCCAUGAUUCGAGCCGAUGGUGGCGGCAUGUUCGUUGAUGGGGGACUGUGA